AAGGCGUGAGGGGGGGGGUUUAACAGCAGAAAGACAGCAAGACGUGUUUUCGUCUUCAGCCUCCUAACUUCAAAUCGCCAGGUGCUGUUUGGACUGGAAGAAACGCGGACGCGUUGUCGCAGCACCUCCUCCCGUGUGAGCAAGCAAUUGAAGGCAGGAGUUGAAAAUGGCCGCCAGAGUGCUGUAUAUAUCGACGGUGAUCUCCACACUCUUCGGUGCCAUACUUGGAUGUCCAACAGUUUGUACCUGCUCAAUUAAAUAUGGACGUUCCUUUGCGGAAUGCCCCGACAGAGACUUGGUUGAGAUCCCAACGGGCUUGCCUCGCAAUGUCAACGUUGUUAUUUUCUCAGCAAACAAGAUCCGUUCGGUACCACGAGGCAUCUUUCGCAAUGUCACCCAGACGAUGUCGCUGUGGAUGUCCCACAAUGAGAUUGUCUCCGUUGAGCCGGGGAGCCUCGCGCCCAUGGUUCUUCUUCGUAAUUUGGACAUCAGUUAUAAUAAAAUGGUCGACUUUCCGUGGAGGGAUCUGCGGAAUCUCACUGACUUGCAGUUGCUGAAGAUGAACCACAACGAGUUGGUCAGUCUGCCCAGAGAUUCUUUCGUGAAUCUCCAAAACUUGAGGUCCAUUCGCCUGAACAACAACAAGUUCUUAACGAUCGCCGAGGGGACGUUUGACGCUUUGGUUUCCCUAUCCCACUUACAGAUCUUCAGCAAUCCUUUUGCGUGCACUUGUUACAUCAACUGGUUUCGAGAUUGGCUGUCAACGACGAGCAUCUCCAUCCCCGAGCAGAACUUGAUCAGUUGCGCAACUCCAGCGACACUUCGAGGAGAAACGAUCAUGAACUUGCCCGACAUCAAAUGCGCGCACCCAAAUGUGACAAUAUGGACCGAACCAAAUAUUGAUGGAACAACUUUGCACGAGGGCGAUGCUUUGGUCUUAAACUGUGAGUCUCAAGGAAACCCGAAGCCAUCGGUUACGUGGGAUAUUCGCAGUCGAGCACAAGAACUGAACGUAUCUUUCGUAGCGGAUGACUCGGGUGAAUCAAGUGAAAGGUCGCUAUGGUCAAAUAAUUCAGUCCAGGUCUUCAAUAACGGAACCCUUAUCAUCUCUCCGCUCAGCGCAGAAGUCGCGGGCAACUACAGCUGCUCUGCCUCAAACGAAUUUGGCACUGCAGCAGACUCCCUUUCUGUCCAAGUGGCGCCUUCACCAAAAGAACCAUCAGCAAAGGACGCAAAGAUCACAAACGCUCUUUACGGUACGACCCAACAACCACUCCAACCAAUAACUGUAAUGUCUGAUUUCGAUUCUGUAUCCGACCCGGAUCUGCCCACUGGAGAGAUCACCCCCGAGUCUGUGGAAGAGAUAAUAAGUGCAUUCAAAUGCGGAUCGAACGCUAAAAAACGACACAUCUCGAGCCACGUCUCGAAUGGGAGCUCGGACGACGCAAAGGACCACGUGUUCGACUUUGGCGUCAUUGCCCUGUGGGUGUCAGAAACGGAGGCGACCAUACGACUCAACCCGCUUCUCAUACCCGGAGACAAGCGGGCGAACCGGACGGCCGCCAUCGUCGGCGCUUCGGAGAGCUCUCACAACGCCACCGCGAAUCACGAGCAAGACUUGGCUUCGCGAGGACUCUAUCUGUGCGUUACCACCGAGCACAAAAACUCACCUGUGCUGUGGUCGCUGGUUAAAGAGGGUCUCAGCACCUACCUGCUCAGUGAUUUGCGGCCCGGUACCAACUACUCCCUGUGUUUGACCUAUAAGGGCGAAGACUGCGAGAUGCAAGUGCUCUUCACCACCAAAAAGAAAGUCCCCAAUCUGAUCAUCAUCAUCUCGGUCAGCAUCUGCCUUCUGACUGUGUCCACCGUUCCUCUCCUCGGAGCCAUGUGCUUCCACUUGGUGUACAAAUACCACAACAAGACAUGCAAGUUGAUCCUCAAGGCCAGAGACCAGUACCAGAUGGAGAGGACCCUGACCACCAACGUCAACAUCGCACCGCUAGCUGAGUCCCGGCGGAAUACCGACGUCGAUCCGCUGGGCGAAGACGACGGGGCGACCGAGAGUUUGGAUGGAGAGAAAGAGGCAGAUACGGAAGAAAGCGUCAUGACGGAGACUGUCACUUUGUCCCUGUCGAGAGGGAAUUUGGAUGACUGCGAGGUGGGAUCGGACUUCAGCGAUCGGCUUCCUUUGGGGGCCGAAGCUGUCAAUAUCGCAAGCAAUUAGAAAUACGACAAAGUGCACUUGGUCAAAUGUAAAGCUGCUGUUGUUUCACUUUGUGCCAGUGACGUUCGCCACGUUUGUGUGUUGUGUUUUGUGGAUGCGCUCCAGUGCCGACUGAAGGACCAAAAAAAAAAACUUAACACUCACUCAUGAGACAAUCAGACAGUGUGAAGAAAAUAAGAAAAGAGACACCCCAUUUAAAAAAAAAAAAAAAAAAAGCUUGUCUAUUGUUAUUGCUGAGAGACACACUUUUAACCAAACAAAGUGGCCUAUAUUGCAAAACAAUACGUCGAGAAAAUUGCAAAUGUGUAGCAAAAAAAAAAUAGAUAAGAGUAAAAGAUGACAAUGUCCCAUAUGUAAUCCGUGUACAGUAUCUUCUUAUCAGGAUACUUUGAAGGAUCUUUGACAGCCAUCUGA